CGCGCCUGCGCAGUGCGGGGGAGGCUUUUAAUUCCAUUGUGGAGAGGACGGCGUUAUUUUUAUUAACCGGAGGCGGCGGCGGCGGCGCGGCGGCGGCGGCGGGACCCCAGGCCUCGUCCGGGGCAUGAGAGUCGGCGGCGGGUUCCUGAGCGGCGGCUCCGGCGGCUCCGGCGGCGGCGGCAGGCGGGCGGAGAUGGAGCCCAGCUUCCCGCAGGGCCUGGUCAUGUUCAACCACCGGCUGCCCCCGGUCGCCAGCUUCGCCCGCCCGGCCGGCCCGGCCGCCCCUCCCCCGCAGUGCGUGCUCGCCCCCCCCGCGGCCCCGGCCGAGCCGCCCCCGCCGCCGGCCCCGGACAUGACUUUCAAGAAGGAGCCGGCGGCGGCCUCGGGCGCGGCCUUCCCGGCGCCGCGGACCCCGUGGGGCUUCCUGCAGCCGCUGGUCAGCAUCAAGCAGGAGAAGCCGGCCGAGCCCGACGAGCCGCCGCAGCACCACCCGUUCGGGGGGCUGUUCGCGGGCGCCGAGGAGCGGGGCGCCGGCCCGGGCCUGGGCGGCGGCGGCGGCGAGGGGGGCGGCCACGGCGUCAUCCAGGACCUGAGCGCCCUGCACCCGCCGCCGCCGCCGGCCCCGCACCCCCGCGACGGCCUGCUCGGCGGCGGCGGCGGCGGCGAGGAGCCCAAGCAGGACGCGCACGUCAAGAAGGCGAAGAGGCCAAAGCCAGAAUCUCAGGGAACCAAAGCCAAGAGGAAGCCCGGCGGCGGCGGCGGCGGCGGCGCCCCGUCCCGGCCUCCAGCGGCCGCCGCGGGCUCGGGCGGGGAGGGCGCGGGGCUGUCGCCCGGCCAGAAGCCCCACGUGUGCGACCACUGCAGCGCGGCCUUCCGCAGCUCCUACCACCUGCGCCGGCACGUGCUCAUCCACACGGGCGAGCGGCCCUUCCAGUGCGGCCAGUGCCACAUGGGCUUCAUCCAGAAGUACCUGCUGCAGCGGCACGAGAAGAUCCACAGCCGCGAGAAGCCCUUCGGCUGCGACCAGUGCAGCAUGAAGUUCAUCCAGAAGUACCACAUGGAGCGGCACAAGCGCACGCACAGCGGCGAGAAGCCCUACAAGUGCGACACCUGCCAGCAGUUCUUCUCCCGGACCGACCGGCUGCUCAAGCACCGGCGCACCUGCGGCGAAGCCAUAGCCCGGGGGGGCCCGGGCGCCGAGCCCCCCGGCGCCGCCGCCUCCGCGGCCAACCCGGGCGCCAUGGGCAGCCUGGCCGCGCUGUCUCAGGGAAGCAGCAGCAGCAGCAGCGGCAGCAGCUCGUCCAGGAGGAAGUCCAAGGCCAAGAGCGCAGCCGCCGCCGCCGCUGCCGCCGCUGCCGAGGGCAAGGAGCAUAAGGCGGGCAAGGCGGGCGAGUCGCCGCUGGCCAACAGCCUGGGCCUGCAGACCUACUCCGUGGAGAUGCCCUCCAUGUCGCCCGGCGGGGGCAUGAUGGGCGGCGGCCUCGACGAGCUCCAGAAAAGGGUGCCAAAACUCAUCUUCAAGAAAGGAAGCAGGAAGAACACAGACAAAAACUACCUGAACUUCGUGUCGCCGCUGCCGGACCUCGUGGGGCAGAAGUCCUUGUCGGGGAAGCCGGGCGGCUCCCUGGGCAUCGCGGCGGGCGCCGGCACGGAGACCCUCGGCCUCCUCCAGAGCGCUGGCGGCAAGCAGGGCCCGAUGAACAGCAAUUACGACGAUGCCAUGCAGUUCUCCAAGAAGAGGAGAUACCUGCCCACCGCCACCAGCAACAGUGCCUUCUCGAUCAACGUGGGCCACAUGGUCUCCCAGCCGUCCGUCAUCCAGGCCGCCGGGGUCAGCGUCCUGGAGAGCGAGGCCCCGCUGUCGCUGAUCGACUCCUCCGCGCUGAACGCGGACAUCAAGUCCUGCCACGACAAGUCCGGCAUUCCUGACGAGGUCCUGCAGAGCAUCUUGGACCAGUACUCCAGCAAGUCGGAGAGCCAGAAGGAGGACCCCUUCAGCAUCGCCGAGCCGCGCGUGGACUUGCACGCCUCCGGAGAGCACGCGGAACUGGUGCCGGAGGGGAGCCUGAGCCCCGGCGCCCAGACCCCCUCCAGCGACAAGGCGAUGGUGUUGCAGGAGUACUCCAAAUACCUCCAGCAGGCCUUCGAGAAAUCCACCAACGCGGGCUUCGCGCUCGGACACGGUUUCCAGUUCGUCAGUCUGUCCUCACCUCUCCACAACCACACGCUGUUCCCGGAAAAACAGAUUUACACUACGUCUCCCUUGGAGUGUGGUUUCGGCCAGUCUGUUACCUCAGUGUUGCCAUCUUCGUUGCCAAAGCCUCCUUUUGGGAUGUUGUUCGGAUCGCAGCCGGGUCUGUACCUGUCUGCUCUGGAUGCCACCCACCAGCAGUUGACCCCUUCCCAGGAGCUGGACGAUCUGAUAGACUCUCAGAAGAACCUAGAGACUUCCUCGGCCUUCCAGUCCUCAUCUCAGAAACUGCCGAGCCAGAAGGAGCAGCAGAAAAACUUGGAGUCCUCCACCAGCUUUCAGAUGCCGUCUCAGGAGUUAGCGAGCCAGAUGGACCCUCCGAAGGACAUCGAGCCACGAGCCACGUACCAGAUCGAGAACUUUGCACAGGCGUUCGGUUCUCAGUUCAAGUCGGGCAGCAGGGUGCCAAUGACCUUUGUCAGUAACUCGAACGGCGAAGUGGACCACAGAGUCAGGACUUCGGUGUCCGAUUUCUCAGGGUACACAGACAUGAUGUCUGAUGUAAGUGAGCCGUGUAGUACACGCGUAAAGACGCCCACCAGCCAGAGCUACAGGUAAGCCCCCAGGUGACAGGCUGGCGGUCGAAGGAUGCGGUUUCUGUUUCGUUCUGAGAACACUGCCAUUGGAAUGUUUGUACACGAUCCUCUUAAGAAUAAUGUAAUGCCCUUUCAAUGCAACUUUUCAUAUUUAGUUUAUUUUGUUAGUGUGAUUUUAGCUCUGUUUCUAUUAUGAUUUUUAAUCGAAAUCAAUAGAUUAAAAAUAGUUUGACAUUCAAAGUGACAAUGUUUAGCAAUCAAAUUUACAUGUAUAGAUCGUCAGGGAAUAGCCCAAAAGUUUUAAAUGCAAAAAAAAAAAAAGAAAAAAAGAAGGAAAAAAAAAAGAAAAAAAACUAUGUAAAAAAAAACAAAACAAAAAAACUUUGUUGCUAGGAUUAAGGUUAUUCUAAUUGCUUUACUCUCAGGAAAGUGUAAUAACGCAUGGGAAUUCUGUACGCUAUCACUGUAAUGGGAUAUCCAGUUUACAGGUGGUGUGGUACACGUUUCACCAUUUCAGUAAGGGAUCGAAACAUUUCAAAUUGCUCUGUCUGGGCUGAUAGGAUUUACAUUUCAUCGUUUGAGUAAGGGAUCGAAACAUUUCAAACUGCUUCUCCAUCUGGGCUGAGGCGAAGUUCCGAGAUGUGGGCGACCCGUGUUCUGUGGCGGCUUCUUACUGUGCCCUGAGCUUCCCGACCACGUCCUCCCCAGCCGGGCAGGACGGAUUCUGGGACCUUUGAUCAAAGCCUGGGAUGAUAGCUUUAAUGAAAGAAGAAGUGAUCUUUAAAAGGCACCCUCUCCUUGCCCCACCUGUGACCAGGCUGCGGUUCCACGAGGAGCCGGCCAGCUGACGUCUGGCCAGUGCUGAAGCCCGAGUCGGGGGCCAGUGUUGGGACCCACGCUGGAAUGGCACAGUUUGAAACGGGGGUGUGUGUUGUUGUUCUGGCAGCCGAGAGGCACUGUCCUCUUGUCUGGUACGCGUCACCCGCGCUUCUGGGUGCUCGUGUUUUUGGUUUUUUUCUUCUGACCCUCCGCUCUUCCUAAGAGUUCUGGGCCUCGUCUUGACAGUUUCAACUUUAGAAUGAGUUACAUUCCAAUGAGCAUCUUACAUGCCUCUGGCAUCCAAACCCGAAACAAUACGAUGAACACCCGCCACUCCCCACCUCGAACAACAACAACAAAAGAACCCCACCUAGGUUUUCAUGUGUCAUCACGCCCCACGCACUCGGAGCUGGAGAGGUGACGAAGGUGUGUGAUUCCAGCCGGUGCCAUAGCUCACGGGAGAGGGUGGGCCUGCCUUUCGUAGCGACCUCAGAGCCUCUUGGUGGAGCCGCAGCCUUGUCGCACGGUGCACAGGGCGUCCGUCAGUAUUGUGCAGGGGCCGGCGCAGUCACCGAGCCAGCUCCCAGCCCGAUUGCCAUUCGCAGCUGCUGGCGGCAGUGGCUGUGCUCCGAAACACUUUUUAGCCAUUGUAUUUUCCUCCUGAUGGUAUUUUUAAUGGACUUGGGUGUUUGCGCUGAUGAGUUUUUAUGUACUUUUGGGGAUGUCUCAGUCUUACAUCCUCCGCUGACGUCAGGAAAGUACCACUGUUUGUUUGCAGUCUGAUUGUGUAACCAGCCUCACGGCUUCCAUGUGUGAUACAGUCAUUAAUUCUGUGCGAGUGUAAAACACUUCUGUUAUGAAAGCAGUGUUUGGGAAAUGAGAAAUUAUUAAAAUGGUUACAAAAUACUAGUUAAUUUCCUCCCUACACUUUUCCUCCCUGACGUGUUGCUUUUGCCAGCUGAAGGCUCACCUACGUGUCACUGCAGGAUUCUUAGACACUGUGUUUAACCCUCUUCCAUACACUUGGUUCUAAAGUCUGUAUUUCUUAUUUGGGGAACGCGGUUAAGUUCUACGGGGUGCAGAGUACGAGCUGUGAGGACGGAGAGGCCCUUCCCACUGGAUCUGAAGAUGUAUGGUUCCCCGUGUUUUGUUUUAUACAGGUUUUGGAUUUCUCUAACUUUUAUUGUGUGUACUGAAACUGCAUAUGUAUUAUUCUGAUUGCUCUAGUUUACUACCAAUAAAAGACUUGUUAAUCACAAA